AUGGAAUCUAAAAAUGGCAGUGGACCUAACAUUCAUCAUACAACAUUUCCUUCAACAAGCUCAAGCUCAAGUGAACCAUUAACCUCACAAAACAAAUCACAACUUUCACAUGAUGAUCACAUUCACUUUAUGCCAAAUUCUACCACCACAACACAUCAUCAUGAAAAUGCAUCUUUUCUUCACACCAAUGACCAAACAAAUCUUGCAAACCCUUUUGGUGAAUUUCAUUCUCCUUAUCAAAAUAACAAAGGCCCUUCAUUUUCAUCAACUCAAAAUCCUUUCUUACUACUUAGUCAUCAUGAUACAAAUGAAUCUCAAAAGUUGCAUGACCAUGCACCUUUUGAGCCCAAUUUUCAUCAACUACCUAAAAAUGAAUCAUCACUAGGAAAUCCCUUCCAUGACUCUCACAAAUUUGUUCAACAUCAUGAUCAUGGUAAUAAUUGGCAUCAUCAAGAUCAUUGGAACUUUCCUAAUCAUGAAGUAACAACGACACAUGCUUCUUCCUCAAGUCAUCUAUUAGACCCUUUGUUCACACUUGAAUCAACACAAAACCAACAACUAGAUAAUGCAUCUCACAAGAACCCUAAAGGUUAUGAAUCUUCAACUCAGCAAAACAUGCAUGAGUCUCAUCCUACAGGUUUUGAAUCUUCAACUCAGCAACACAAACAUGAUUCUCCAAGUGCUUCGAGUAACACCGAGAAAGAUACUCAUGUACAUCCAAAAUCGCGAGAGGGAAACAUGUUAGUUUCAGAAUCUAAUGAUGAUGAUUUCCCAGUAAGAUCAAUGCCAAAGCAUGAACAAAAAAAAUCUUCAACAGUUGCAUCUGUUCCCGAGACGAUACAAAACCCUCCGAUACAGAUCAUGGAAAGACAAGAGAGACAAGAGAAUUGUUCUACAAGUCCAUCUUCAACACCAAGAAUUCCAUUACAUGUUUUCGAUAAAGACAAACUAAAUGCUCAAUGGAGCAGUACCUCUAAUGAAUCAUUGUUCAGCAUUCAAAUGGGAAAGAGUUUCUCGAACGACAUGGCUUGGUUGAGUAAAUCCGGUGAAUUGGAUAAGAAUGUCGAUCACAUGAACAUGUCUAGUGGUGUUCAAAGUAAUCAUCCUCCACUUUCACCUCAAACACAAGCCACUAAAUUCACUGAUAUUAGCCCGAAUUUCACUGAACAACAUGAAAGUAAUUCGAAAGUAACUGAGGCAAAAGCGGCUGAGACAAUGCGAGAGGUUAUAAUGGAAACUAGUAAAACACCGGAGCAUAAUAAAAGUAAAGGUUUUACGCCAAUUUCUAAUGCGGCUAUGCAUUCGGAUGCACUUUUUAGUUCUAAUCAUGACCAUCAUGACCAUGACCAUUCUCGGUAUUCAAAUGGAAGCACCCAAUCUUUUGCAUUUAAAUCAUACGCAGAUGGAGACAAACCUCUUUGGUCAAAACAAGACGAAGAGACGAAAAAGCAGCAGAAGCAGCCAGAAUUACAGAAUGUGAAAGCAACUGUCGCACCACCUUCAGCUCAAAACACCAAGCCAGCAUCAAAUGCUUCAUCAAAUGCUUCCCAAAACAGAUGGCUAUCUUGCUUCACAUGUUGUCACUAG